AUGGUAGCAGGACAAGGCUGCUGGACACAGGAUCUGGAGGCUGUUGUGGAGUGCGUGGGGAAGGAUAUGGGAGGAACCGGCGUGGAAAAAGGAGAGGAGCAGAGAAGGGGAGGGGAGAAAGACCAAUGGGUGCACUGGCAGAGAGCAGCACACAAUGAAGCGCCCAGCAAAGCGCCCAGCAAAGCGCCCAGCAAAGCGCCCAGCAAAGCGCCCAGCAAAGCGCCCAGCAAAGCGCCCAGCAAAGCGCCCAGCAAAGCGCCCAGCAAAGCGCCCAGCAAAGCGCCCAGCAAAGCGCCCAGCAAAGCGCCCAGCAAAGCGCCCAGCAAAGCGCCCAGCAAAGCGCCCAGCAAAGCGCCCAGCAAAGCGCCCAGCAAAGCGCCCAGCAAAGCGCCCAGCAAAGCGCCCAGCAAAGCGCCCAGCAAAGCGCCCAGCAAAGCGCCCAGCAAAGCGCCCAGCAAAGCGCCCAGCAAAGCGCCCAGCAAAGCGCCCAGCAAAGCGCCCAGCAAAGCGCCCAGCAAAGCGCCCAGCAAAGCGCCCAGCAAAGCGCCCAGCAAAGCGCCCAGCAAAGCGCCCAGCAAAGCGCCCAGCAAAGCGCCCAGCAAAGCGCCCAGCAAAGCGCCCAGCAAAGCGCCCAGCAAAGCGCCCAGCAAAGCGCCCAGCAAAGCGCCCAGCAAAGCGCCCAGCAAAGCGCCCAGCAAAGCGCCCAGCAAAGCGCCCAGCAAAGCGCCCAGCAAAGCGCCCAGCAAAGCGCCCAGCAAAGCGCCCAGCAAAGCGCCCAGCAAAGCGCCCAGCAAAGCGCCCAGCAAAGCACCCAGCAAAGCGCCCAGCAAAGCGCCCAUGAACAAUUUCUGCACAUGGCACAAGAUGAUGAAGACAUUGCUGCUCAAGCUGAGAAGCCUAGCUGAGAUGGAUAAACCCAAUGAUGAUGCUGACAAGGAAACCGUGUGGCACUUGCAACAAAUCCCUCUCACUUUGUGCGGCGUGAGGAGGCUGCUUGCCCCCCGGAUGGUGAGAGUUGUGGGACAACAAAAACUACAUGGCUUCAAUUUGUCACACCCAGCCUUCCUCAAUAUGAAUGGACCUUGA